AUGAGGAGUGAAUUGAAAAUACUUUUAUUAAUACUUGUCAUUACUAUUCAUUUUAAUUAUAAAGAAGCUGCAUGCUGUGCACGUGGUGAUGAUACAGAUACUCAAUCAAAAAUGGAAAAAUCUGAAUCUAAUUCAGUGAAUCGUAAUUCGGAUUAUGGUGAAACUAUUCCGGAUUCCAUCUUCUCUUUUGAUCCUUUCAUGGCUUAA